GAGGGGAAGAGCAAGGGGGGCCCCCAGCGUGGACCGGGGUGGGGGACGAGGCUGCCAGCCUGGCCCUGGCCUGUCAAGCAGCUCAUUGUUCCUGCCCCGGGUGUCACUGGGCGCUGCUGGGGACAAUGUGGCACUGAGAGGGGUGGCCGGCGGCGGAGGGACGAGGCGCACGGAAAGGCUCAGCUCGCCCUUCCGCCAUGGCAUCGCCGGAUGGAGCCAUCUGCGUGGGUGGUGGCCCCGAGGAGACAGAGCUCAGCAUCACCCUGACCCUUCGCAUGCUCAUGCAUGGCAAGGAGAUCGGCAGCAUCAUCGGCAAGAAAGGAGAGACUGUUAAGAGGAUACGAGAGCAGAGCAGCGCGCGCAUCACCAUCUCAGAGGGGUCCUGCCCCGAGCGCAUCACCACCAUCACCGGCUCCACCGAUGCUGUCUUCCGCGCUGUCUCCAUGAUCGCCUUCAAGCUGGAGGAGGCCUCGCAGGACCUCGCAGGGAGCGAUGGGGCAGCAGCAGGCAGGGUGCCAGUGACACUGCGCCUCGUCAUCCCCGCCAGCCAGUGCGGCUCGCUCAUCGGCAAGGCAGGAGCCAAGAUCAGGGAGAUCCGGGAGAGCACAGGGGCACAGGUGCAAGUGGCUGGUGACCUGCUGCCCAACUCCACCGAACGGGCUGUCACCGUCUCGGGGGUGCCAGACACCAUCAUCCAGUGCGUGAGGCAGAUCUGCGCCGUCAUCCUGGAGUCGCCUCCGAAGGGGGCCACCAUCCCCUACCACCCCGGCCUCUCCCUGGGCACCAUCCUGCUCUCUGCCAACCAGGGUUUCUCCAUGCAGGGCCAGUACAGUGGGCUCUCUCCCGCGGAGGUGACGAAGCUGCAGCAACUGUCAGGGCAUACGCUCCCCUUCGCCUCCCUGGGCCAUGCACCCCCUAUGGUGCCAGGCCUGGACCCCAGCUCCCAGAGCACCUCCCAGGAGUUUCUGGUGCCCAAUGACCUCAUCGGCUGCAUCAUCGGCCGGCAUGGCAGCAAGAUCAGUGAGAUCCGGCAGAUGUCAGGUGCCCACAUCAAGAUCGGGAACCAGACCGAGGGCUCCAGCGAGCGGCAUAUAACCAUCACAGGGUCCCCUGUCAGCAUCACCUUGGCUCAGUACCUCAUCACAGCCUGCUUAGAGACGGCCAAAUCUACCUCCCAGGCGCCACCAGGCCCUGGCUCUGUGGACCUCGGCAUGGGCUUUCCCCAGCCCCUCACCCCGGGCUCUGGUGCUGCACUGCCUGCCGUCGCUCCAGGCCCUCCAGCCCUCCUGGGCACCCCCUACACCAUCUCCCUCUCCAACUUCAUCGGUCUGAAGCCAGUAUCCUUCCUGGCGCUGUCCCCAUCCUCCGUGGCAGGUCCCAACGGCGGCACUGCGACCUACACGAACAAGAUCUCAGCAGCCAACGGCACCAAGAAAGCUGACCGGCAGAAGUUCUCACCCUACUGAACCCCACCACUGGACGGGCAAGGGGUCUGGGGUGCCACCUGGUGCCACCUCUCGACUGCCCACCCUGUCCCCAGCCCCUGCCAGGUGCCCCAUGCCCGGGGUGGACCCCCUUGCCCCCCAUUCCAGGGGAGGGUCUUGCCAGUAGCGAUGUCUGCUGGAGGAAAGGGCUGUCCCACUGCCUGUCCUGGCAGCGCUGUGCCCCGAUUUUCCAACACGGGGACUAUGUGCCCUGCUAUGGGGGGUGGGAUGUCCCAACCAGCCUGGAGUGCCCUGGGCUGGAGUGGGACCUCCACCUCCUACCCCUCGCCCUGCCAUCCUGCUCCUGCCCACCCUCCGCCUGGCACCCAAAAGGCAGGUCCCACCAGAUGAGGGGCUGCCUGGCCUCUCCUGGCAUCCCCUGUCACCGGGCUCUGGUGAGACCCCUCCCCGGGCCACCCCAGGGCAAUCGCCUCCCAGCAACCCCAUCCCAGAGCUGGUCCCUGCUGGCUUGGAAAUGCUGUAUAUAUAAGUCUAUAUUUUUUCCUCCUUUGUAACU